AUUCAACGCAAAAAAUAUAUACAACAUAUUCUACACUUUUUAUUGUCACGAGCAAGACUUACCGGCUGGCUAGACUCUGCAUAUUUUUUGUUAUACUUUUACGUGUGCUAUUUUCAAACCUUCAAUUGUGUUUUUGGUCUUUUAACUUAUAAAAAACAGCUAUCGGGUCUUUUUUUUCGGCAGAUCGAGUAGCCAGAGCUAGAUCAAGAGAGAAAGAUAGCAAGAGAGAUAAAAGAGAGAACAGAGAUGACUCGAUUCACGCCUGACCAGAUUGCGGAGUACAAAGAGUGCUUUGACAUGUUCGUGCAGGACGACGAAGAUGCUAUUGACGAGGUGGGGCUGGGCAAGGUUAUGGAGACGCUGGGUACUCCCAUGUCGGAAGAGGAGAUCAAAGAGUUCAUUUUGGAGGUGGACUUGGAUGGGAAUGGAACGAUUGAGUUCGAUGAGUUCCUGGUGAUGUUGGAACGAAAGAUGCCAGAAGACGAAGAGGGAGACCAAGACGACAUCUCCAUUGCAUUCAAGGUGUUUGACAUGAUGGGAGACGGACUGAUCACUAAGGCUGCCUUCCGACACGUGCUGAGGAAUCUGGGGGAGGAGAUAGACGAGGACGAUAUUGACAGGAUAGUUGACGAUGCAGAUCACGACAAGGACGGAAAACUCAACUUCCACGAGUUCAAAAAAUUAUUUUCAGACAUGUGAACAAACCCAAAAGCAGAACAGAAUCGAACCGAACCAAAUGUUCUCUGGUCACCAUUAUCUGAUCACAUCUUAGACCAUUUAGACUUGCAAAUAAACUGAAUUUACUUUGAUUUUUUGCGCA